CGGCGUGGAGUUGCCUGCAGGUGGAGGAGGGCUGAGGCGAGUGACGUCACCAUCACAUUGCAGCUUGUUGUUGGGGAAGCGAACAACAUAGAUUUUUUUUUAUUUUCGGGCUGCUCCUCCGAUGUUUGCUUGGUUGGAUCUUAUAUUUUGAUUUGUGCGACGACAGAGAAAAGAGGGGAAAAAAGUAGCAAAAAGAAUACUUCCCACAGAACAAACAAACCGAAAGAACCUUGCAAAGACAUAAAAUAAUUCAGCCACAAAUACGAACGAAUAUUCAUCCUAGAUUAUAUAAUGCCAGCGAUCAGUUAGCUGGAUUUCAUAUUAAGAAAAACUGGAUAUUUCAAUGUCCUCAAGUAUUGCUAGUGAUACAGGACAUGACGAUGGAAAAUGUUCAAGCAAACAAUCGUCGAAGAGUAAUGAGGCGCUCAUUGAGACAAACGAAAAAUUACCAUCAUCGCCACAAAACAAAGCUAAUAUAUGUAUCGAAGAAGUGUUACAGAAAGUAAAUCAGUGUUUGAAAAGACUCAGCACUCCAGAAGACAUAGAUAUACUAAACACAGACUGUUAUAAUGAUAUUAAAGUUGUGUGGGAAGCUUCGCAGUACAAUCCAAACAUCCAUAUACGUAAAUCAGUGGCCUUAUGUCUUUACCAAUCAAAGUUUGUCAAAAUUUUCAAAAACAUUUGGCUCUGUGUACACCAAGUUCACAUCUUUCACAAAGAUAAUAUAAAACAGUGGCGGAAACUAAAGAAAAGCUUGUCGGUUCUAUGGAAUACAUGUGACAUAAACAGCGAAGUAUGUCAAGACGUUUGUGACAAUGGUUUAAUCUCAAUACUCCUGCAUGCACUUGUGAAUGUUUCAAACACACGAUACUCUGAGGAUGACAAGAAACAAUAUUACGUGAAAGCCAUUCUAGGAAUUAUGCACAAUGUUGUACGUCACAAUAGCGAUGGACGUUUACUUCUGCGUGAAUGUGGUGGAGUUCGGGCUCUUCAACAUUUGUUCAAGUCAGAUCUCGACAUGAUCCGUGCUAAAUCUCUCAUCGUACUCUCUUAUGUUGUCGAUGAGACGGAGAGUGAAUUGCUCAAUUCGAACAGUGACCUGCUCAGUUUUAUUUUGGAUAUUUUCGAUAGGGCAUUAAACUCCCCUAAUCACUUCAGUAGCAAAUAUGGAAUGUGUGUAACAGAAAUUCUCAGGGGUUUAUUUAACCUGUCUGCAAGUGAUGUCAACAAAGUGCAACUGGUUCAGAAUGGUAUCUUAACAUUUUAUGUUCGUCUUUUACAAGAAGAAAAUCUAUACAUAAACAAUCCCCUUUCUGAAGAGGAAAUUCUUUUAGUUAUAAAUGGACUUUGGGCACUUUCUUUCAAUGGCAAGAACAAAGCAUUAAUUCAAAAGGAAGCAGGAUGUCUUGAAGCUUUGCACCGAGUUAUCACACAUGGAAGUGAAGCAUCACGUCAUGCUGGCCGUGGCAUCUUCUGGGAACUGCAAUCAAGUAACGUGUAUGUUCCAUGUACCCCAGACAACUUGUCUAUUCCUCAUAUUAUGAUUAGUUACCAAUGGGAUGUCCAACCAAUAAUGCUAAAGAUCAAAGAAAAAUUGGAAUUGGCUGGCUACAAAGUGUGGAUGGAUGUGGAGCACAUGAGUGGAUCUACAUUAGAAGCAAUGGCCCUAGCUGUCGAGAGGUCAGCUGUUGUACUAAUUGGAGUUUCACAAAGUUACAAAGAUAGCCCAAACUGUCGCACAGAAUCUGAAUAUGUUUUCCGAUUGCGGAAAGACAUAAUUCCACUUAUGGUACAAAAGAACUAUAUUCCUGAUGGGUGGCUCGGCAUGCUUGUGGGAACAAGACUCUACUUUGAUUUUAGUACUUCAAAAGACUUCGAUAUCCAGUUGCCUCGUCUCUUCAAGGAAAUUGGCAACAGGGGUUUAUUGGUGUCCAAAGAUGAAUCACUCAUUAAUGUUGCCAACUCCAAUCUGUUGUGCCAGGCUAAAAACGCUAACCUCAACCAAGCAUAUAUGCUCUGGAACCAAACUCAAGUUGCUAAAUGGCUAGAAACCUGUGGCCUAAAACAUAUCAAAGAAAGCUUCUCAGCAAUUGAUGGAGAACUUCUAGAAGAGCUUUACAAUGUACAACAGAGAGCACCUGAAUUCUUCUAUAAAAUUCUACAGACAGAUUUCAAAAUGAACCUGCCAGACAUACUGAAGUUUUCUAAAGAACUGUCUCAUUUAGAAUCAAAACGAUAAUAGUGUUUUCAGCUUUUAUUUUCUAAUUUAAUUUAAUUUGAUUUAAUUUAAUUUAAUUUCUUUUUAAUGGUUUUUAACUUAAAACUUCUCAAGCAUAAUAUAAAAAAAUAAAUAGAAAACAUCUAUGUAUAUGUUCA